GGUAAUGAGGUAAUUUUUCUACUUUUACCAGUCUUACAAGAGCUGUGAUUGCUAAACUAUGGCCAAGGAUACAGAAUAUUACGACAUCUUGGGAGUCGGUAUUGAUGCAUCAGCAUCUGAUAUUAAAAAGGCCUACUAUGUCAAAGCUAGGGAAGUUCACCCUGAUAAAAAUCCUGGAGACCCGAAAGCCGCUCGUAAUUUUCAGGUUCUUGGAGAGGCUUAUCAGGUUCUAAGUGACCCUGAGAAGCGUGAAGCGUAUGACAAAAACGGAAAAUCAGGUGUAGCGGAAGAUUUAAUGGUGGAUCCUGCAGCUGUUUUCGGCAUGCUGUUUGGUAGUGAUUUGUUUGAGGAAUAUAUUGGACAACUUUAUAUGGCUGCCGUACAGUCAGUAGAACUCGAAGAAGAGGGACAGGUUCCGGAAAUUCGCAAGAUGAAAGUCCAAGAGAGGAUGAGGGAAUUUCAAAUGGAAAGGGAAACAAAGCUCAUAGCAAUUCUGAAGAAUCGCCUUCGGCCAUUUGUUGAAGGUCAAAAAUCUGAAUUUAUAAAUUGGGCAACAUCAGAAGCUCGUCGGCUCUCACAAGCAGCUUUUGGUGAGGCUAUGUUACAUACUAUUGGCUAUAUCUACACAAGGCAAGCUGCAAGAGAACUUGGUAAAGAUAAACGUUUUAUGAAGGUCCCGUUUCUAGCUGAAUGGGUGAGGGAUAAAGGACACCAUUUGAAAUCACAAGUUUCAGCUGCUUCAGCCGCGGUGUCGUUAAUACAAAUACAAGAGGAGCUAAAGAAGUUGAAUAAUUCAGAAGCCAAGGAAGAGCGGUUAAAUAAGGCUAUCGAGGAGAAAAAAGAUCAGAUGAUUAAUUCCCUGUGGCAGAUUAACGUUGUAGAUAUCGAGACAACCUUGUCCCGUGUCUGUCAAGCAGUGCUCAAAGAUCCUACUGUUUCAAAAGAGGAGGUGAAGCAACGUGCGAUUGGAAUGAAGAAACUUGGAACAAUAUUUCAUGUUCACAUAACUGGAAGCAAUUCAUAUAAGAACAAGUAUGUUUAGUGAAUAGGAGAUACGGUACAUUUUGCAAACGAUUAUACACGUUCUGAUUUUAGGGAGCCUGGGGUAAUACCGCUGAACUGAAGCAGCAGUUUGCGCAAUGAGGCUUCUUCAUUCAAGUAACAUGCUUGUCUUUCUAUGCCACCAAUCUUCAUUUGUCAGUUAUAUUAGCCAACUGUUGUAUUCAUUAAUAUAUCUUCUCUAUU